AUGGCUGCGAAUCCGUUUUUGUUUCACGAUGACGGAUUUAGUGAGGCUGGAGAGAUGCCGGCCAACUCGAAUCCGUUCCUCAUGGAAGACGAUCAGUUCCAGGAGGAGAGUGCGGCAAUGGAUAAUCCCUUUCUGUCUCAAACUGCGUCAAAUCCAGCAGCUGCAUCGAAUCCAUUCGCUUUUGAUCCGAUGGAUCUGGAACCGGCAGAGGGACAAAUUCCCACAAACAUGGGAAGCAACGUGUUUAUGAUUAUCGCUAGUACUGCUCAGGAUUUUUUUGGUACCAAUACCAGCGUCACGGCAACCGCUGACUUUUUGACAGACGUGAAUGUAGUCACCCAAGUUAGCCCUCAAAAACCAACGGAUUUAGAUUUAAAAUACACCCAUCAAACCGAUGGUCCAGCCAGACCUCCUCCACCACGACCACCCCAGAGCAAGGAGACCCAAGACCUUCUUAUGUCAGUCAUGGGAGCAAUGGACGCCACUAGUUCACAUUUGCUUAAUAAAAUACCUCCCACUCGCAGUCCCAGUCCGGUUUCCAUGAGAGACCUGCAAUCGCCCAGUCCGACACCAGAGCCGACCUUUGGUGAACUUCUGGAUGUGGGUGACAACUCUGCCAAACCUCAUCAGACGCAUCACGAGUCAGAUGACUUACUAUCCUUAGGUUCCAGUAAUGAUAUUAAUCAAAACCCUCCCAGUAGACCUCCGACACAACCUACGUCACCACACCACGUGCCUCCGGGAAGACCCGCGCCCCCCGUAAGACCUCCCAGACCGGCCCCUCCGCAAAAACCUCCACCUCCAAGCGUCGUGCGGCCUCCACCACCUCAAAUGCCUAAACCUCUCCAGAAUCUUCCUCAAAACGCACAAUCGAAGCCGGCACAAACCGACAUAAUGAAUAUGUUUGAUAACUGCGAGCCUUUACAGCCUAAAGUGACCACGAAGGCUGACAUUUUGAACCUUUAUAAUGCCCCUAAACAGGAGAAAGUGCAGCAGGAUUUACUGUGCGAUAACGUGUUCGAACCCGAGAGUAAGACUCCUACUAUAACGGAAAAUUUAGUGGGUGAGCCUGAUGAGGCUGUGUUUGCUGAGGAAGUUUCUAUGGAAAAGAGUGAAGACGUGACACCAACCAAUCAGGGAUCUGAUACAGGGAAAGACACUGGUAGUUUAUUAAGUCCUGAUCCAGGGGACUUACAAAUGGAUACCAGCGAUAGCCAAAGUAAAGGUUCUGUGUCAAGUGUGACGUUCAAUCCGUUCGCACCAACAGAAGAUCUGGUCAAAGAUCAAGAUUUACCGAUAAUAAACACCUCGGCAGACAUGGAUAAAAUGGAUAUAUUUACCACCCCUGCUCCUGCUCCCACUCCAAUUCCAGCUGCAACAAACGACGCAUUUGACUUUGGUAUAGUCAACAUCCCAAGUAACCAACUCAAUGAUGACUUCGAUGCUUUCGCUGAAAAGUUCGAAUCUGUAAAAUCGGACGACAAUAAAAAUAAUAGCGUUUUUGACGCAUUUGGAGGAACUGCAGUAACUGGAGAUGCUGGUAGUGAAGGGGUGUGGGGAAAUGAUUUUGGUACCACCAAUGAUUCGGAAAGUGGGUUCGGCACUGAUGGAGGUUUUGAUGAAUUUUUAGCUAUGAAGGCACCUCCCGAGCAUAACAGGUUACAGAGUCAGGAUUCGGAGGAAGAAAAAGACUUUUCUGUGGUCAUUAGGCCGAAAGGUGAAACAACAUUUUCUGGUAUAACACCAGUACUAGCGCCGCCACCAGUACAGACCCAAGCAGCAUUUUCCGACGUGUCACCUAGAUUUAAUCCUUUUGACCAGCAAAAUGAUGUUAGUGCUGCCGUACCGCCUGAACCAGCAGUACCUUUUGGCACGGAACUGAAAAGAACGGAUUCCCAAGAAUCACCUUCGACUCCGUUGUUCGACGAAGAUACGUCACAGCCUUUAGAAGAUUUUCCAAGAGUAAACUUCAGCGGCGAAGGGUGGGAGAUGCAACUGAGGCAGCCAAAUAAGAAAAAAAUUACCGGGCAAAGGUUUUGGAAGAAGAUAUUUGUCAAGUUGAGUUAUCAGCCGGAUUGCGUCUUGUUGCAACUGUUUAAUCAGCAGAGCGAUAAGGAUCCAUUUCAGGAACUCCCUUUGCAACCGUGUUAUUCCGUGUCAGAAAUCGGUGCUCAGCAGUACGACCAGUUCGGGAAAAUCUUCACCGUAAAACUCCAAUAUAUAUUCUACAAAGAACGACCUGGAGUGCGGCCAGGGCAAGUGAAGAAAGCGGAGAAAAUCACGAAUAAGCUCAGUCAGUUUGCCGCUUAUGCCAUACAAGGCGAUUAUCAAGGUGUAAAAGAGUUCGGUAGCGACCUAAAGAAGCUGGGACUACCGGUGGAACAUGCUCCACAAGUUUCCCAACUAAUGAAGUUGGGUUCUUUAAAUUAUGAAGAUCUGAAGCAAUUCUCUUGCUGCAUCGAAGAGGCUCUAUUUAAACUUCAGGCCCACAGAGAUAGAGCGUUGCAUUAUAAAAUGGAAGAAGUGCAAAUUACUGCUGUGGACGAGUUGUAUGUAGAACAGACUGCUGAAGGGCAUAUUGAGAAGCAGAUUGCUAGGGUAAGGUUAUUCUUCUUAGGAUUUUUGACUGGAAUGCCCGAUAUAGAGUUAGGCAUCAAUGACAUGAGACGACAGGGCAAAGAGGUGGUGGGUAGACACGACAUCAUCCCGGUUGUAACGGAGGAAUGGAUCAGACUUGAAAACGUUGAAUUUCAUUCGACCGUUCAACAAGAUGAAUAUGAGAACACGCAUAUAAUAAAGUUUAAGCCUCCUGAUGCCUGCUAUAUUGAGUUAUUAAGAUUCAGGGUAAGACCCCCUAAGAACAGGGAGCUGCCAUUGCAGCUGAAGGCCCAAAUCUGUAUAACAGGAACCAGAAUUGAACUUAGAGCAGACGUGUUGGUACCAGGAUUUGCAUCGAGGAAAUUGGGCCAAAUUCCAUGCGAAGAUGUCAUGAUUCGAUUCCCGAUACCCGAGUGCUGGAUCUACAUGUUCAGAACAGAGAAACAUUUCCGUUAUGGAUCUGUAAAAUCUGCACACAGAAGGACAGGGAAAAUUAAAGGGAUUGAAAGGAUUUUGGGAACCGUGGAUAAUUUACAAGAGAGUUUAAUAGAGGUCACUUCUGGACAAGCUAAAUAUGAACAUCAGCAUAGGGCUAUUGUGUGGAGGUGUCCCAGGUUACCUAAAGAAGGACAAGGCGCAUACACCACACACAAUAUGGUAUGUAGGAUAGCACUGACAAGCUACGACCAAAUGCCUGAGAAAUUAGCCGAAUACUGCUACGUAGAGUUUACAAUGCCCGCGACACAAGUCAGCCACACCACAUGCAGAAGUGUCAGCCUUCAAAAUUCAGAUUCAGACGAACCGCCGGAAAAAUAUGUCAGAUAUUUAGCUAGACAUGAAUACAGGGUUGGAAUAGAACAUACUGAGGGAGAAUCGCCUAACGCCUAUGCCAGUGCUACUUACAUAAAACCCGCCGCAACCCAACAACCUGCUGAACAAAAACCCGCUGCUGUCCCCGAAGAAUCUAGCUCAGAUAGUGAUUAAGAACGUAUGUAUUAAUUAAUAUGCAUCUACAAAUUUGUUGAUAAAUAUUAAAAAUUUUAUGAAAUGUAUUAGAUGUGUAUAUAUCAAAACAAGGAUCGUAUUUAAAAUAAUCUGUGAACAAGACAAUAGGUUUUGGUCCACAAAAGGCACCACUAUAAUAAGAAUUUAUGAAAAAAAAUAUACUGCAAGACCUAUAUAUUUGUUGAAAUAAUUAUUUUUUAAUGUAAAACUGUUCUAUGAAGAAAUGGUAUAGAAUUAGUAAGAUAUAGCUUAAGUCAUGUAAUAUACGUACUCCAUAUUUCUUAAAACAUUCCUAAAUGUCUAGUCUAGUCAUACAAAUACGUACAUACUCCUAGUUAAUUCUAAGUGUAUUGUGAUAAUUACAUUGCUUUAUUGAUUGGUGAUUUUUCAGUACAUAUCCAGUCAAGAUUCAUCAUCUAGGUUAGGAAAAUGUAUAUUAUUAUUUAAGGUAUUUAGGUUGUGUUACAAUGGAUGAACUGGAAUAGAAAGAAGUUCUUUAUAAUAGUACAAAACAAUAAACAGGUUAACAAUACCUUAUCGUUGUCUUUUAUCCAUUGUGAGGCAACCUGAUUAAACAAAUAUAUGAUGGUGUCUCCCUAGCUUAAAACAUACCUCAUCAAAAGUUGGUUUAUGAUAAAAUAGUUAUACAUAAAGUAUCAAUUUAUUCAUUACUAAUUAAAGCAAAGAAGGAAGAGCACAUAAUUCGUAAAUGUUUAUUAAAUCACAUAGUCCAAAUUGCGCUUACCUCCCUGGUUAUGGGUGUGCAUGUUAAAUAAUUGGCACUUUCUGAUUGUUCUCUUUUACCUAUUGUGAGGCAAUUAGAAGGAUUUCCUUCAGAAACUGUAAAAUGUACUAAAAUGGAAAAAGUCUUGAUCUUUACUCUCAAGAUAUAUAGUCUUAAGCUUGGACAAGCAAUAGCUGUUAAGGUGGUGGUUUUUUCAGCAUUUAUAGAGCUACUGUUUGAUUUUUUUACUGAGUAAUGGAAAUAAAGAAAAUACGAGAACCCAAGAUAUUCGUUUGACAAUAACAGACAAAGUCUUUUGCUUUUUACAGGCACUCCUGGAAUAAGAAUUCUAAUAUCUUGACUUUUAGUGCAUCGAUUUUAGUUAUUUCCUCAAAAAUUCGGGAUUCAUAAAAAGAAGUUCAAGUCUAAUACCUGAUACAGAGCUAUAGCCUUUAAAAUACCUUGGUGAGAAGCAUUCUUGAAUAUUGUUUACUAAAUAUAAUAAACAAAAUGUAUCAUUAUAGCUAUACAAUUGACAAAUGAAAAUUACAAACUAAAGAAAGAAACAAAUCGUUAAUACUGAUUCAUGACCAUUCCUAGCCUAAAAUAUUAGUCUCAUAAUGCAAUGCUUGGAGUUUGGUUCAUCCAUAUCUGAUGAGGUGUAUUUUACUGCAGUGGCAACUCUAAAGUUUCAAUCCUAUGCGUAUAAUAAUUUUUAAGACUAUCGUUACUUCUUCUAUCUGUACUAUUUAUGUAUAAUAACUGCUUGAGACAGGUUGUUAAUUAAACUGACAAUUUUUACAUCCAUAAAGUCUAUGUUUCCAAAUAAAAAUCUCCAUUUAGAACACUAAUGAUGGAAGUUCAUAAAACUGUUCUAUAAAUGUUAAUAAAACACCAGUUAAAACACUAAAAUCACAAAAGAACUAAAUGAACUAUUAUAAAAUAUUUGAUGUCCCUAGUAUGUUAUUGCCUGAAUAUGUGAAAUAUUAUUAAUGAGUGUUAUCUGUUAAAACUUUUCCUAUUCUGUUAACUAGUUUUAGAAAAAAUAUUUAUUUCCUUUUUGUUGGUGAUUUUUCUAUUAAUUUAAACAUUAUCCGGGAAACGGUGAAAAAGACGUUUUCCAUCGGGUGCAAAUCUAGUCACUAGUCUGUAAGGGUUUAAAAUAAGUCUAUAUUAAGGUUAUAUGUGUAAGUUAAAAGGAAAUUAUUAUUAGGACGUACAUUAUAUGUGAACAAUAAAUGUUUAAUAAGCAAAUUUGCUUUAUGCAUGUAAAUUGAAAAAAGAAGUCCCAAAACUUGUAUCUCUAGAAAAUAAUACUGUUAAGUAUACAUAUUCGACUAGUUUUAAUAUAGGAAUGAAGCCUACAAUAUGAUGUCACAAAUUUCUCUAAAAAGUGGAUUUUACUAUUAACUUACAAUAGAAUUUAAAUCGGUAAUGUAGUUAAUGUACUUGUUAGCUAUAGCAAAAUAUAUGGCCCAGUAGCAAUAUUGUAAGAGGUUUACAGUACUUACCUAAUUUGUAAUUACGUUGGAUGUAUUUAAAUGUAAAAAUAUACGAUAAUGCUUAUACAUUAGAA